AUGGAUCGAAAUGGUGGGUCGAUGAAAACAAGAGAAAUGAAGGAUGGUAAACGAAAAGCACGUACGAAUUCUCCUUUGAUUUCUUUUGUUGAUUUAAGACGCAGACGAAUACCUUUUCAUCACGCGCUUUUUCUUUGUUAUUUAUUUUUAUGGUCGAUUGGAGACAAUUUUCUUUAUCUUUUUGUUAUUCAAGAAGAGUUACUCGAGAAAAUAAAUCUGACAAAAGGACGAUGUCGCAUGGGAGAAAAGCUGGAAGAUAUGAUUCUUCUGCCAUCGGCUUUUCGAGCGAAAUGUUUGUGUGAGAAUUUCACUGCCAUCCUGUCGAAUCACGACUUAGCUUUAAGGCUUUUUAGACAAGCAAUAUUUGACACGAGAUUACCGUUCCAAAAAUAUUUUAAAGUACCUUGA